AUGGCUUCAUCCACUUCUCAAACCAUCGUAAUCACAGGAGCCAACGGCUACCUGGCGCUCCACGUCAUCAACCAACUCUUGGAGAAGGGCUACAGCGUGCGCGGCACGGUCAGGUCUCCGAAGGCGGACGAAAAAGUUCGCGCAACCUUUCCCAACCAAUAUGGCACGCGCCUCACCACAGUUUUCGUCGAAGACCUGACGAAGCCUGAGCUUUUCCGCGAUGCUUUCGACGACAACACUGUAGGCGCCCUCCACCUAGCCAGCCCGGUCCAUGGUCAUGUCGAGGACAACGUCCGCGACAUGCUGGACCCAGCCGUCAAGGGUGCCACCAGCAUCCUCGAUGCCAGCAAGCUCUACGCGGGUCCUGCCUUCCGCCGUGUUGUACACCUGUCUUCCAUCGCAGCUAUGCUGGAUGACAAGAAAGGCCUCAGGCCUGGCUACACUUAUACCGAUUCGGACUGGAACCCGGUGACAUUCGAGGAGGCGGUGGCCUUGAAGGAUCACGCCCCUCUAUACAUCGCGUCCAAGGGUCUCUCGGAAAGGGCCGUCUGGGCGUGGAUGGCGGAGCACAAGCCAAAGUUCGACCUGGCCUGCGUGAACCCGACCAUGGUUAUCGGCCCCCAUCUCGAGGCUAUCGACAGCCUGGACGAGGUCACUUCGACGGCAAAAUUCCUCUGGCAGCUGGUAGACGCCACCGAGAUCCCGCCUCUCCCAUGGGCUGGCUGCGUUGACGUCCGCGACACCGCCGCCAUGACGGUCGCGGCCUUUGAGAAACCCGAGGCGGGAGGCCAAAGGCUUUUGUUGGCGCACCACUUUGAUUGGCAGACCGCAACGGAUAUAGCAAGGGAAGAGCUCCCAGAGGAGGUUAGAGGCAGGUUCCCUAUGGGGAGGCCUGGAACUGGCAGGAGCGAGGCACUGGAACACAUCUAUCAACUUGACGGGAGCAAGGCGGCAAAGGUUCUCGGCGUCGAGUAUCGCCCGCUGUCGGAGAGUGUCAAAGAGACACUGGAGCAGUUUCUGGCAGCGGAGUGA